AUGGGUGGAGGUGGAAAGAUCCCGUACCCCAAGGAAGUUUGGUCCCCCGCUGGUGGUUGGUAUGCCCAGCCGGCCAACUGGAGGGUCAACACUGCAGUCAUGGGCGCCUUUGUGGUUGGUGUCGCUGCGGUCGCCUUCAGCCUCAGUGCUGAGCGGGAGCACCGUGACAAGAUGCCCGAGCCCGGCCGGUUCUUCCCCAGCCGAUACUGGAGCAAGCAGAUCCGUGAGCACGAACAACAACAAGCUGCCAAGAACGACUCAUGA